GGGGCGUGGCCACAGGGGCGUGGCCACACCGCACUCCCAUAUAUGGGCUCGCAGUGGGCGUGGCCCCACCUCUCCCACUCCAUAUAUGGUUAUGUGGGCGUGGCUAAACGUCAUGCCCAAAUAUAGCCGCCAACGGGGCGUGGCCCCAUAGCCCCGCCUAGUGGGCGUGGCCAAAGCUGUGCCUAUAUUUGUCGAUAACACUGGGCGCGGCUUCACGGCCACCCCCAUAUAUGGUAUUUAUAGGCGUGGUCACAGCGCGGAUCGACCAAUCAGCGCGCGUGUGGGCGCGGCCAGCGUGAGGCGCCUGAGGGAGAAGGGCGUGGCCCGCCGUGAGGGCGGCCCAAGAUGGCGGCGCGGCCGUGGCCGCUGCUGCUGCUGCUGCUGCUGGCGGCGCCGGGCCGGGGCCCGGGCGGCUCCUCCGGGCGGCUCCGCCUGGGGCUCGGGCCCGGCCCGGCCGCCGGCUACUUCCCCGAGGAGCGCUGGAACCCGGAGUCGCCGCUGCGGCCGCCGCGCGUGGUCGUGGCGCUGCUGGCGCGGAACGCGGCCCACGCGCUGCCGCUGGUGCUGGGAGGGCUCGAGAGGCUGCGGCACCCCAAGGACAGGAUGGCGCUCUGGGUGGCUGCUGACCACAGCGUGGACAACACCUCGGCGCUGCUGGCCGAGUGGCUGGGCCGCGUGCGGGGCCGCUACCACCGCGUGCUCUGGAGGCACCAGGAGCAGCCCACGUCGUUCCCCGACGAGGAGGGCCCCAAGCACUGGAGCCCCGCGCGCUACGAGCACGUGAUGAGGCUGCGCCAGGAGGCCCUGGAGGCCGCCCGGGCCAUGUGGGCCGAUUACCUGCUGUUCCUGGACGCCGACAAUGUCCUGGUGAACCCCGACACGCUGGCCGUGCUGGUGGCCGAGAACAGGACCGUGGUGGCCCCGAUGCUCGACUCGCGCGCGGCCUACUCCAACUUCUGGUGCGGCAUCACCCCCCAGGGCUAUUACCGCCGCACGCCCGCCUACCUGCCGAUCCGGCGCCGGGAGCGCCGGGGCUGCUUCGCGGUGCCGAUGGUGCACUCCACCUUCCUGCUGGACCUGCGCCGCGAGCGCUCGCGCGGCCUGGCCUUCCACCCGCCCCCGCCCGGCUACAGCGGCGCCUUCGACGACAUCAUCGUCUUCGCCGCCGCCUGCCGGCACGCCGGGGUGCAGAUGUUCGUGUCCAACCGGGAGCAGUUCGGGUUCCUGCCGGUGCCGCUGCGCUCCCAGAGCUCCCUGCGGGACGAGGCCGAGAACUUCCUGCACGUCCAGCUGGAGAUCAUGGUGAAGCUCCCUCCGGCCGAGCCCUCGCCCCACGUGUGGGUCCCUCCCAAGGUCCUGGACAAGCUGGGAUUCGAUGAGGUGUUCCUGAUCAACCUGCGGCGCCGCUCGGAGCGCCGGGCGCGGAUGCUGCGCACGCUGCACGAGCUCGGCGUCUCCCCCCGCCUGGUGGAGGCCGUGGACGGCCGGGCCCUGAACAGCAGCCAGGUGGAGGCGCUGGGGGUGCGGAUGCUGCCGGGAUACCGGGACCCCUUCCACGGGAGACCCCUGACCCGCGGCGAGGUCGGCUGCUUCCUCAGCCACUUCCGCGUCUGGCAGGAGGUGAGCGGACGGAAAAUUGGGAAUUUGGGAAUUUGGGGUGGGAAUUCUGGGAUCUGGGGGGUCCGGAAGGAUCCAGAGAGUCCAGGGGAUUCCCAAGGGUGGGAGGGAGCUGCUGCUUCCUCAGCCACUUCCGCGUCUGGCAGGAGGUGAGGAGCUGGAAAUUGGGAAUUCGGAAUUCCCGGGGUCCAUCCCAGUUUCUUUGGAAUCCCCAGAAUUCCCGGGGUCCAUCCCAGUUCCCGGCAUUCCCGGGUUCCAUCCCCAAUCCCCGGAAUUCCCGGGGU